AUGUCGCCGGCCUCGCGCAUCUGCCGCUUCCGGGCGCUCCAGGACGUCCUCGACGACCUGGAGCCGCUCCGCGAAUGCCCGUGCAGACCAAGCCGAGCGCCCGCGCGGCGGCGCCGCGGGAGGCCGCGCUGGUGGCCCUGGGGGCGCUCGUGCCCAACGUCACGGUCCAGCACGGCGCUGCACCUCGUCGACGCCGGCGACAGCAUCCACAAGGGAGGAGGAGUCCCGCCGGAGGUGUACGAGGUGCGCGGGGGCCGCGAGAGCCACCUGGUCGUUUCCAGCGGGCUCUACUGCUCGUGCCCGUACUUCGGCAGGCAGGUCCUGGAGGCGGGCGAGCUGUGCUGCAAGCACUGGCUGGCCGUGCAGCUGGCGCGCCGCUGCCGCGUGGGCCUGGCGGCCUCCAGCACCCUCGGCGAGGAUGAGUUUGCGGAGUGGAUGGAACGACGCCUUCCUGUUGUGGCGGCUAUACCAGCGCGUUGA